UUAAAUUAUUAAAAAAGUUAAAUUAUUAAACUAUUAAAGUAAAAGGGAUUAUCGCAAUCGUUACUGUUUUGUUUAUAAUAAUUUAUAAACAGUAACAAAUCUUUUAAGUAUAUCGAUCGGCGGAUAAUUGAAACUUAAUUCAACUCGAGGGAAAAAAUUUGAGUUUGAUCAAUAUCUACAUUACUAUAGAAAUAACAAAAGUGUUUAAAAAAAUAAUUCUAUCCUAUUUUUGAACUGAAAAUGGUAAAAUUAACAACGGCCUUAAUCGAGAGAAAAUGCUCGGAAACACAAUCAAAUAAGUCACUGACAAAAGAAAUUGACAAGGAGCAUGUCAAAAAAUUGACACAUUUAUUUAUGAACAAUAAAUUUAUCACCGCCAUUGGAAAUAUCGAUUCUUGUACAAAUUUGAAAAUUAUCUAUCUUCAUAACAACGGCAUUAAUAAAAUCGAAAACUUGAAUUUCGCGAAUCAGUUAUCAGAAUUAUAUCUGCAACAUAAUAAUUUAACUAAAAUCGAAAAUUUAGAUUCGUUGAGAAAUUUAAAAAAACUUUAUUUGGGUUACAAUAAAAUUGCCAUUGUUGAAGGCUUGGAAAAUUUGACGUCUCUCAGAGAAUUGUAUAUUGAAAAACAAAAAUUGGAUCCUGGAGAAUCAUUGUGUUUCGAACCGAGAAGUUGUGCUACUUUGGCAACGUGUUUGAUGAUUCUCAAUGUAUCCGGAAACAGGAUUUACAAUUUGAACGACGUGCGAAAUUUAAGAAAAUUAAAAGUACUUGAAGCAAAAUAUAAUUUACUUGAAAACAUUCAAGACUUAUUACAUGCAAUUAAUAAUCUACCAUUUUUACAAGAAUUACAUUUACAAGGGAAUCCAGUGACGAAAAAAUUUAGAUACAGAGAAAAUGUAAUUGCAAAUCAUGAUAAAUUAGAACUUUUAGACGAAAAAAAAAUUAGCGAAAAUUGUAGCAAGUUUUUUAAAAGAUUCAAAAUUGAAAGAGAAUUGCAGGAAGCGAAGAAAAAAUUAAAAGCCGGAAACAAUGAAAUAAAAGAAGAUUGUUCAAUUCCAUCACCGAAGCUAUCAAUUUCAACAACAAUGCUACAUGUUGGUUCUGAAUUAUUAACAAACACAUCUGCAACGAAAUUUCAACCUUGGAAAGCAAGUUCAUCAGUUAAUGGAUUUUUAAAAGAAAAUCAUAAAUUAUCCAGACCUUUUUGGAAAAGUGUUUCUAAAUCAAAGCGUAAUGAAAUACCUGUAUUUCCACAAGAAAAAUUUUCCACUCUUCCAUUUAUUUAAUUAUUGAAAAACUUGAAGUAAUUAAAUAUUUUCGUAAAUUAUUUUCUUUCUUCUUUUUCUUCACUGUUCCUUUUGUAGGUUGGUUGUAACUAAGAUAAUUAAAAAAAUUCCCCUAGAUCAGGCAAGGCUCCUGGUUCCAUGUGGACUAACCAUAAAGAAAAGGACGAAGAUACAUCUAUCCUUUUCUUACUAAUGGGAUUUUUUUAUUAGUCCACAUGCCACCAGAGCCCUUGUCGAAUCAACAUAAAUUAUCUUAAAUUAUAAAAAAGGGUUAUUAAGGAUUAUGAUACAUUUUCAAAUACCUCGUCCUUCAGAAAACGAAUAUUACUAUAAAGUACAAUAAGUUUAUUAAAAAAGUAUUUUUUUUAAUAUAGAUUUUUUUUAAUAUACGUACUUAAUUUAGUUUAUUCUAAUUUUAUAUAUAAUUACAUGAUUGUAAAUUAAAAUUUGCAUGGUUCAGAAAUAGAAAUACCAAUUUCACAAACACAUUUUAUAAAAAAAAACAUAAUAUAAUAAAUAUUUAUAUAAGAUGAAAAACAAAUCCUAAUUUAUAAGAGUAUGUAAAAUAUUUUUUAUAAAAUAAAAUAAAAAUUUUAUUAAUACAUACAUAUUUCGUUGUUAAUGCAUAAAAUUUUCAUAUAUUGCUAAUAUUUAAAAAAAAAAUGAGACAGUUAAAUUUAAUUUCUAUCUAGGCAUAGAAAGCAUAGAAAGAUAAAUUUUUUUUUUGUUUUUUCCUUUUUUUUUGAAAGCAUACGUGGAAUUGAACAGUGCGGUCAGUUAACUAGUUUGGAUUGUGAUAUAGAGAAGCCCUUAAAAAUAGUUGAUCGUCCUUACUUUCUAUUGUAUAAUCAAAUUUAUGUAAUAAUGAUGAAAGCUACUUUGAAUUUUUUAAAAAUGUGACGCACUAUCAAGAACUUAGAAGCAAACGAAUUUUAGGUUAUGUUUCUUUUCGAUCUUUCUUCAUUGUUUCUUUUUAAUUAACUGUAAAACCAGUUUUUUUUUUAAUAUUUUCCAUCGAAGACUACAAGUCUUCGAUGGAAAAUAUUUUUAAAAAAGCUGGUUUUACAGUUCGAUAAUUUUUGAUAGAGAAGAUAAUUUGGUUCACAAGGAUUUUUAUUUCCCCUCCAAAUAUUAAACAUAACCUACAAAAUUUUUUUGCUAGUAUCUUUCUUCACAGCGCGUCACAAAUUAUUAAAAAUUUACUUUCAAUCUUGAUGAAAAACUCGACAAACAAUUCCAUUUAAAAAUAAAGUCGAGAACUAUAUAAAAACUGGAGCGAGAAUAUGUAUAAAAAGUUAUGAAUAAAAAUAGAAAAGUACUUUUUUUAUGCUCCUAAUAAAUACACGAGCUAUUAUUUUAGGCAAAAUCUAGAAAAAUUCAAAUAAAACUUUUUUUUGUAGACAUAAAAAGCUACAUGUGCUAUUGCUAAAUUUAGACAUAUACGCUGACCAAAGCAUUUUUUUUUUUGCCCUUGGUAUGUGAUAUUAUAUAAUUAUAUAAAUUAUUAAUCUAAUUUCAAUAAUUAAUCUUACUUAAUAAAAAUUCAAACUAUUAAACUCGCUAGAGCUUUAUUCAUUUUUUUUCAUAGAUUUACAAACCAUUUAAAAGCUCCAACGAAUUUAAUUGCUUUUAUUUUUAUUAUCCAUUAUGUAUAUAGUUCAUCAUGUACGUACAUAAUAUAUUAAUAUUUUUGUAUCCAGUCACCUCACUGACUCUCUAGAAUAUGUCGUCAUUAUUAAUC